AUGCCGCAGGAGGCUCCCGGGGAUGGCCAACAGAGGACUCAACCUGGAGCAGCUGUGACUGGGUCCCUGUCUCUGACUGCCCACUAUUUGGCCUGUGCCAGUGGCCAUCCAGGAGUGGUAACUCUCCUAGCAGACAGAAAUGUCAAAGCUCUGUGACAAAACAGGACAGCUCUAAUGAAGGCCAUCCAGUGCCAGGAAGAGGAAUAUGCAACUAUUUUGUUAGAGCGUGGUGUUGGUCCAAAUAGAAUGGACAUUGAUGGCAACGUCCACUAUGCAGCCAUUGCUCAGAACACAGCGAUAGCAAUGAAGCUGCUGUUCCACAAAGCACAAAGGGGAGCAAGGAACAAGCAUGAUCUCACACCACUUUUACUUGCUGUACAUGAAAGUAAACAGCAAAUGGUGGCAUUUCUAGUAAAGAAGAAUGCAAACGUACAUGCAGUCGAUAAGAUGAAAAGGACAGCUCUCACGCUACAUGAAUCCUCAGACACAGGGGUAUUUCUUCAGCAAGUUGUUUGUAUCUUUUCUCAAGAUAACUAUGAAUGGACUGCAAAAGAAUAUGCUUUUUUUACGGGUUUUCAGUUCAACCACAAACUGAUUUCUGAUUACAAACAAGAAAUGUAA